AUGGAGUUCCAAGUUGGACUGUGGAAUAAUGAUUGGACCUCAUUUGUUCGAUUUUGGUUUACCGUAUUGCUGAGCUUGCAUGUGCAGUUCGAUCCCGUUGCAUCAUGUCCCAAAGAGUGUCGUUGCGACAAAACAUUCAUUUACUGUAAUGAGAGAAGUUUAACAUCUGUGCCUCUGGGUAUUGGGGAGGGAUACAAGAUCCUCUACCUCCACGACAACCAGAUCAACAGCGCUGGAUUUCCAAUAGAACUUCACAACGUGGCAUCGGUGGAGACUGUCUACUUGUACGGGAACCAGCUGGACGAGUUCCCCCUCAACCUUCCCAGAAAUGUAAAAAUACUCCAUUUACAGGGAAACAACAUUCAGACCAUUUCCAGAGCAGCACUUGCCCAGCUACCCAAGCUGGAAGCACUGCAUUUGGACGACAACUCCAUCUCCACAGUCGGGGUGGAGGAAGGGGCUUUUCGGGAAGCGGUAAACCUUAAGCUCCUCUUCCUCACCAAGAAUCACUUGAGCAGUGUUCCUAUCGGAUUACCAGCAGAUCUUACGGAACUGCGUCUGGAUGAAAACCGCAUUGCCGAGAUAGAUGAAGGAGCUUUUCAAAAUGUUACCAAUCUACAGCGGCUGUUGCUGGAUGGAAAUCUUCUGGAGGAUGACUCCAUCACUCCUGGUACCUUUAAGAACAUGGUCAACCUCAAAGAGCUUUCGUUAUCCCGGAAUUCUCUCACAGUACCGCCACCUUUGCUUCCUUCUGUGUCUCUAGUUAAACUGAACUUGCAGGAGAACCAGAUUAAAGACAUUCCCGUUUCGGUUUUCUCCGAGCUCAGGAAGCUUGAGAAACUCGAUCUAUCAACUAACCUGCUACAGACUGUACCACAGGGCGUGUUUGAUGAGCUGAGAAGCCUGACAAAUCUCAAUGUUCGAAGCAACCAUUGGCGCUGUGAUUGUGCUAUUAAGUGGAUUGUCUUUUGGCUGAAGUCCUUGCCAUCUUCCGUGAACGUCCGCGGAUUUACAUGUCAUCAACCAGAGAAGCUAAAGGGCAUGAUAAUCCGAGAACUCAACCUUGACAUCCUUCAGUGUCCGGCUGGUACUGAAAUCGAUCCGUGGCUCACUCGCUUACCUCCAUCCACAUUGCCGCCUCAUAGAACCACCAUCCUUCCCAGAACCACCCCCAGCACCACAAUAUCAUCCACAGUUUUCCACCCAACCACGACCAAUCCCACGCCUCUGGUGCCCAAUUUUCCACCUGCUCCCUAUCCUCCCUAUGAAGACCCUUUGAAAAUAUCCUUGAAUGUCGUGAAUGGCACAUGUGUCGAGGUUAGCUGGGAAUCUUAUUUCACCGUGACAGCUUACAAAGUCACUUGGGUCAAGAGGAGUCAGAAUUUAAUGAUGGAUAUUAGCCAAGAGAGGACUGUCCCUGGAGAGCAACGGAGAAUUAACUUGUACGACCUGGAACCUAGAUCCAAGUACCGGAUCUGCGUUUACAUUCUGGAUUCCUUAAAUAGUUACAGACCCGGAGAGGAUACGAUCUGUUCGGAGAUCAGGACCAAAUCCGCCUCUAGAAACUCCAACAAUCCGUCUGAGUCGGAUCAGGUGGCACAGCAGGACGUCACGUCUACGUUCCUGUUAGCCGGCGUGAUCGGUGGCGUUGUGCUGCUUGUUUUGAUUAUAUUACUUAGCCUCUUUUGCUGGUACAUGCACAAGAAGAGCAGGUCUGCCUGUUCCUCGUCCAAAUGGAAAUACAACAGAGGCAGGAGAAAAGAUGACUACUGUGAAGCCGGCACCAAGAAGGAUAACUCCAUCCUGGAAAUGACCGAGACCAGCUUUCAGAUUGUGCCGCUGAACAAUGAGCAGCUUCUAAAGGGCGAUUUCAGGAUCCAGCCCAUUUACACACCCAACGUUGGCAUUGGAUACAGAGACUGCCACCUCAGUAACAACAGCAUUGUUUAUUGCAAGAGCAGCAACGUUCCUGGUGUGGAAUUUUGCCACACGUGAUGCUAUGAUCAUUUAAAAAAAAAAGACGUAAUAAACAUUCACUGUACGAUUGUACAAUGCACACACACACACACACACACACACACACACACACACACACACACACAGUUUUAUAUCUAAAUCUAAAUCUGAAUAUAUUCCCCCAUGGUAAUUUAUAUUGCAGACAAUUACGUGGAGUUCGGCUUUGGGUUUGUUUUUUAUUUUUCUUAGCAAAUGGUUUUGUAAUUAGCGUGGACCUGGUGUAAGUCAGUUGUGUUUGUAAAAGCAAGGCUGGUGUUAAGUGCAUUAGUCCAGGUUUUCUGCCUCUCGGGUGUGAACGUGGAUACCUCGCUAAGAACUGAAAUACAAACCCCUGCGGUGAAACAGUAGUUAAGAUAACAAACUGGUCAGGAAAAUUAAACAGCGCUGAUUAGCCUGCAGUGGAAAAAAUCAUACAGGAGCGGAGCUGUUUUUACUUUUUUUGUGCGGUCUUGUUGUCGACGUGGCGGAGUGAAGCAGUCGAUCAGGAAAUGAGCUUUUUCUGAAAGUCACAUCUGAACACGGUUACAACAUUUCAACGCCGCAAAAACUUGCGAGGGGCCAAGAGCACGAGCUGUGAGUUGAUCUACAAGCUGGUGUAGUGUUUGGUUUGGCUUUCUGCCACCAGAGGGCAGUUUUUUUUUCCUCUGGAGGAUUCUUUCAACCAUUAACCAAACGUUACGGAUCCAAUCCCACUAAUUUCAUAUUGCUUUUUUUGUUCUUGCUGUCCUAUGUAGAUUUUCAUGUCAAACAAAAAGUCAAACAUACAGAGGGCUGCUGGGCUUUCAGGAGGUUUUUCGAGCAGGUGUCUAUGAGCUCAUACACUCAAUCACUGGUCUUUAAGGUCUGCGUGUCUCGCUCUGGAGGCUCCUUACAAAUUAUUUUAGUGGAUUUACAAAUUAUACACC